AUGCCCGGAUCACGGUGGUUCAAGCGCAGCAGCCGUCCUGCGGCACCGCCGCCGCCUAUCGAGUGCAACGAUCAAGGCAUAGUCGACAGCCUUACUGAAAAUAAUCAGAGAAGCAUGUGGGCUAGCAGAAGGAUUGGGGAGGGCGAACAACUGUACGUAGUCCACGUGCAGGGAGCCGCUGGCAUUGGUCUCCCGACUACGCUGCUGGUCAAGAAGUUCCAGAAUGCAAACCCAGCACUCCUAGUGGAUGACAAUGUCAAGAACCGCUGCAAGUCGGAAAUGAUCCUGUUAGCCAGCAUCUGUCAUGACAACAUCAUCAAUGUCCUGCACUUCAUCCAGAGGGAAGACGCGAUCAUGCUCGUCUACGAGUACCCGGUGAAUGGCGGCCUUGACUACUGGCUGCACCGGCGGGAGGGGGGCGAGCAGCCACUGAGCUGGCCACAGAGGAUUGCCAUCGCCGUCGGCGUGGCCCAAGGGCUCUGCCACUUGCACCACGGAUGCAACAGACCUGUUGUCCACCACAACAUCAACUCUAACAACAUCUUGCUUGAUCAAGAGCAGAAUGUGAAGAUCUCCAGUUUUGGUGCUGCGCAGAUGAGCAUUGCCGGGCUCAACCAACCAUUGCCGAUCGCGGAUAUUCCAGUUGGUAACUUUGGGUAUGCAGCCCCAGAGUAUGGCGUCGCGGCAAGCCAGCUGACAGAGAAGGUAGACAUUUACAGCUUCGGCGUGCUGCUGCUGGAGCUAGUCACAGGGAAGUUGGCCAAUGGAGCAGAUGGUCUAUUGGCAAUUUGGGCUCAGGACAACUGCAAUGAAUUGAUGGCAAACCAUCUGAAAAUGUUCAACACUGGCGUGGACAAGGGCAUCCCUCAUCAAGCGCGGUACAUGGAGGAGAUGGCGGCCGUGUUCAGGCUGGGUGUGGAUUGUACCGUUGGGGAUCCAAAGCAAAGGCCGUCCAUGCAGAUGGCUCUCAAACGACUCCGCCGCAGCCGUGGACGUGGCCCAUUCCAUGGCCUCCUAAACCUCUAUACCCCGGCCUCUGUUGUGAAGGGCAAAGUGGCAUAUGAGAUCAGCUCAGCAGAUGAACUGACAUUGACAGAGCUGUGUUCAGUGAAAGCUUCAGGAUGCCCCAAAACUAAGGGAAGAGUCUACCAGUGGCAAGAGGCACAACAGAGUGUUGCAAACCUCCAGCAUGAAUGCAAGGCACCUAAUAUACUGCCGUCUGAGUUGUCAAUGCUGACAACAGAUCCAGAUUGGCCGUGGAGUCACUUCCGGCCUGAUCUAAUGGAAGUUGUGUAUUUGUGGGUCAGAGGGCUCAAGUUCCAGCAAAUCAGGGAGAUAUCUCAAGUGAUCAGGGCCAUCAGGAGACUUGGGGAGAUCCUGCAGCAGCUGAUCUCUGCAUCCCAGUUGAUCAGCGAAACCCAACUAGAAGGCAAAUUUGACGAAGCGUUUAAUAAGAUCAAGAGUUGA